AUGGGCAUUCUAACGACGGCAGAUAAGGAGAAAGUCAAGCGAGCGGUACCGAAAGCGUCGAAUAAAAUCAUUGACGCCACCGUAGCCAGCUUGUAUAUCGCUCAUCCUGACCCAAAUGCGUGGACUUACACUGGUUUAGUGGGAGCAAUUGCCUUGGUUGACGAUUUGGUUGGCCACACGUUUUUCCUCAAGCUCGUGGAUAUCAUUGGCACUAGAGGUGUUAUAUGGGAUCAGGAGCUCUAUGUGAAUUUCGAUUAUCAUCAGGAUAGGAAAUUUUUCCAUACAUUUGAGAUCGAAGAUUGUCUUGUGGGACUCCUUUUCGAAGAUACCAGCGAUGCUGCUCAUUUUUUCAAAAGGGUUUCUAAUCGUACGAAGUAUGCAUCUAAAGACACCGCUAAGAAUAAGAAUGCCAUUGCCUUGAAGGAUAAAUUGGCGCCUGAGGCUACCAAGAUUGGCCCAAGAGGUGAGUAUGUGGAUGUUACUACAGAUCAGAGAACUAGAAGAGCCAGAGGUGUCUUAUAUUACGACGACCAACCCCCACCAGAAUGGAGACUGUUGUACGCUGAAUUGGCUGCAGCAGGAAUCACUGAAGAUAUGAUUGCAGAAAACAGACAGUUCAUUAAGGACUAUAUUGCUAAGCAAGGUGGUCCCUUGGUGGGACUUGAGCCACCAAUUCCUAGGAGACACGCAGCCCCACAUAAUGUGUUUGCAGAUCAUGCCCCAGAGCCUCCGGCAGCGCCUCCGAAGAAGACCAAAAAGGCACCUCCUCCACCUCCUCCACAAGGUGUGACUCCCCAGAAUUCUCAGACACCUGAGCUCACCCCCACGCCAACUAAUAUGAGCUCUUCGGGUGAAGUAACUCCCACACACAGUUCUGAUGGCUCACCUGCGCCUUCUAAGCUUCAUACUGAGCUCAAAUUCAGAGUCCCUCCAUCAAAUGCUCCAGUACCUCAGGUGUCUCAUACAAAUAUACCUCCUCCUCAAACAGACCAAAGCAGGCCCCUCCCAAGUAUCCCACAGCAAGGUGGCUCAAUCCCUGGGCAGCAGCAAAGACCACCUAUGUUUGACGGUAGUUCGUCGCUGUAUGGCCAGCCAAUUCAAGGCUUGCAACCUCCACCUCCUCCACCUGGUCGUACUAACAGCAAUGCUGGAGCUAUGGCUACACCACCUGCAAGAGGAAACCCCCCACCUCCUCCGGCUAGAGGUAAUCCCCCUGCGCCCCCACAAAGAGGUGGCCCUCCUCCACCUCCUCCACCGAGAGCUCAACCAACUGGACACACUGCGACUCCACAGAGAACCGGUGCUCCUCCUCCACCUCCUCCAAGAGCUGCUCGUGGAGCGCCUCCUCCGCCUCCGGCGAGAGGUGUUCGAACUCAACCUCAAGCUACUCAAGCCACGAUUCCUCAACCUUCUCAACCAUUUCAGCAACCACUGCAGCCUCAACAGCCACCAGCUCUCCCACAUCAAUCCCCUCAACUGGCUUACCAGCCGCCUCUCCCGCCUCAAAGGACCGCUGAACCGGCAUCAGUCCCACCACCCCCACCACCAGUUGCUCAACCUCAGCAGUCGCAGCCACAAUCUAAUACUGCUGCUCCUCCGCCACCACCUCCUAUGCCUCCUCAAAAUACUGCCCCAUCUGGUGGAGCCCCACCCCCACCUCCGCCUCCUCCAGACUUGAGCUCCUCUGGCCCCACACCACCUUUGCCUACUGUAGACUCCGGAAGAGAUGCUUUAUUGUCCUCCAUUAGAGGUGCUGGAGGAAUCAACUCACUUAAGAAGACUGACAAGUCACAACUUGAGAAACCUUCAGCCUUACUUGCGGAAGCAAAAGGUGAGCAGCCACCUUCAUCAUCGUCUGGUGGUGGUGCUGCCCGUGGCCAACCUGAGUCUCUUGCCGAUGCUCUUGCUGGUGCUUUAAGCAAAAGAAAGAACAAGGUUGCAGCCAGUGAUGAUGAAGAUGACGAAGAUUGGUAA